AUGGUGGAGGACUGCAUGCGAGACACCAUACUCCUCUACUCUUUCCAACUGAGGAAGAAGCAGCACCUCUCCUUCGCCUUCAAAGACAUUGGCGUUCUCUCCUGCCAAGACGGUGUCCUGUGCAUGCGGUUUUAUUACGACUACGUCACAGGGCUGGAGAGCAAGGCCAGCCGCAUGGCACUGCUUCACACUAGGCUGUGGGUGCGAUGUGCAGUGGUCUCCGGUGGAGCGGCCACCACUUGGGGGAUGCAGGCUGCUCCUGACCGCAUGUUCCCAAGUUUUCGAUUCGUUGUGAUCAGCACCGUGGUGGUGGAGGCUCUCGCCAACCAGCACAAGAAGGCUGCAGAACAGCAGAGGAUCAGAAGAGGCACAGUGUGGCAUCCUGAGAAGCUGCUGCAAAGUUUUCCCUCCCCAUGCUGUCAAGCCAGAGUCCAGGCAGAAGGCAGCAAGACCUGGGGGAGAAGACUUCUGCCAGGUAAGACCCUGGACCGGUCUUGGGACCUGCGUCUAACCUGCCAUGAAAUCAGCUCUUCCCAGCAGGACAUUGCCCAGGAGUUACUUUGUUUGGUGCUGUUCUCCUUCAGGAAGCACGGUACGCACCAAGCAUGCCCAGAGCUGCGCCUGUGCCAGGAGAAGAUGUCAGGCACAAUUGGGGCUGAUGGCCACCGUUCCUGCCAGCUGUCCAGGUCAGGAAGAUGUAGAACACCCUCUCUGGUACAUGCAACUGGGACAGCACUCUGAGCAACUCGCCUAGGUGUGUUCUUCUGAAGUACGUAAGAUUAUGGGUCAUUUGAAGUUACAUCAUAAAAUAGAUAGACUAAACAACCUGCCCACAGCCAAAAAAAGUACAAGCGAGCCAUGAAACCAAGGACAUUACCUGAUCGUUAUACAUCCCUGGUUUUUAUAUAUCGCAUAACAGCCUACUGACGUCAGGAGCAUACUCAAGUCACAGAUCCACAAAGA